UUAGGAGGAAAUGGAAGUGUAUUUCCUGAAGAAUUUGCGAAUAUUCCCGAAUUUUGUACAGUUUGCAAUCUUGUUUAUUCCAAAGUAAUAAUCGACAUGGCAAUAUGCAUGGUAAAUCACAUUUAUGCAGUGGACCUCUGUAUUUUCAAUAUCAGAAAGUAAUCGAGACCUAUGGUUCAAGUUAUGGAAAUACUUCAAAGAAGUAUUUGUCUAAGAAAUUUUCCUCUUCAAAAUGGCUUUAUUCCAAGAACUUGGUGGGUCAUACUGAAUGUGUGAAUGCACUUGCAUUUUCAGAACGUGGUGGAGAGUUUCUGGUUUCAGGUGGUGAUGACCGGAGAGUGUUGGUGUGGAAGUUGAGUGAAGCCAUUACGGGAAAUACAACACCAAGAUGCAUGAAACAACAGCAUCAAUCCAACAUAUUUUGUGUCACUUUUGAUCAUGAUAAUAGACUGAUCAUUUCUGCUGGUAAUGAUGAGAUUAUUCUAUGCCACGACUCUGAAAGUGGUGAGCUGGUGAGGAGUUUUGAUGCUGAAGCAAACACAAAUGAAAUAUGUUUCCAUCCAGAAGACACUAACAUCUUUAUUGCUGCAGAGGCUACCUUUGGUGAACUGACUUUGUUUGAUAUACGAGCACCAACAGAACGUACAACACUUGCGGUUCCAUGGCCAAUUAAAGCAACCUUCUCGUAUUUCCCAAACGUACCCAAUUUUUCGUCAGCAAAGUUCAACCCUGUCGAUCCAUCCUUGAUUGUGACCGCCAAUUUGAUAAACGGUGUACAAUUAUGGGACACCCGAUUUCCGAGAAGGUGUUUGAGACACUUCGAGUCAUCUUCCCCUAAGCGUGGGUCACAGAUUGCCAUGAGCGUGGCGUUUGAUUGGACAGGACGCUAUAUCGCUGCCGUGAGAAAGUCCGACCCCCCGGUGUUGUACCACAUCGACAGAGAAUACUGUUUAGCGGAGUUUUGUGAGAAAGGUUAUGGUAACAAAGUAACCAGGAAGUCGGUCUGUUUUGCUGGUCUAAAAGACGAGUUCAUAAUGACAGGCUCGGAAGAUUUUAAUAUAUACCUCUGGAAAGUACCGAAGCUAAGCAAAGAUCACGUGGGUGUUGCGAAGGUAGAACAGAGCUCUCUUGCACUGGAGGGACAUCGAUCUAUUGUGAACCAAGUCUGUUUCAACCAUGACACAGCCAUGAUAUGUUCUUCUGGAGUCGAGAAAAUCAUCAAGAUUUGGAGUCCAUUUCAAAUGUCUGGUGGAAUCCCGGGCGAUAAGGUUUGUGAAAAAAGGAGGCUGUACACAAACGAGGAAUAUGAGCGAAUGUUAAAUGAAGAUUGGCCACGUGAUUACGAGUCAACUGGGGAAGAUGAGAAGAUGCUGGCAAUGGUCGAUCAAUGGUUACUUUCAAAAGAAUUCCAUUCCCCGUCAGAUGACAGUGAAUCUGACGAGUCACCCGCAGGGCGUGUCGGUGGUUUUGCUGAUGAAGGAGAAAACGAAUAUCUCAACGAAUUGAGUUCUCCAGAGUCUACAGAUUCUGAAUACUCGGAGAGUCCUGGCGCAAAUAACCUGAGUAUUGAAAAAGUUGAACACCUUGCUGACAGAAUUUCUCAAAAUCCGCAGGGCAAAGUGGACAAAAUUUCCGCGAAUGCUAGAAAUUCGGACACAAUUUCUCAAGACACCGAGCCCCCAGAAAAUAUUUCGCAAAAUGCAACGAGCUUAGCUGGACUAAGUGCGAAAAGCUCUGAUCAAAAUUCUCAAAAGAGCACAGGCGAGAAUUUCGAGAGUACUGUUAAAGGCAUUGAUAAAAAUUCUGAGAUUGGGAAAAGCACGAUUAUCAAUUCUCAGAAUUCUGAUGGUGUAGGGUUGGAACGUUUACGCGAAAUAAUACCACCGCAUGAUCGUCCAAGAAAUUCAUUGGCUCGCAUCGCGGAACUUCGCAGGAAAUGUCUGAAGGAUGAAGAUGACUGAAUAUAUGCAUAAGCUAUUUUCCGUCCCUCUGCAGCAUCUCCCAAGAAUUAAACCGUGACGAAAAUGAAACGUAAUAAUUUUUUUAAGAUGCAACAAGUCCCACAAAUCAAUACAUCAUUCAAGUUUUAACUGUCCAAGUUUCUUUAGUCACAUUUGAAAUUUUGCGCAGAUAAAUCCUAACCAAUUCUCUGAAACAAAUAUCAGGGUCGAGCAGUUACAUUGAAUUCAUUGUUGUACGUCUUGUUACAUUUUUAGUUUUAUUCCCAUUAUAUUUGUUCAUAUCCUCGAGAACAAAAACAAUUCCUUUAGUUAUUCAUUUUUGAAUCAUAUCCUGCUGCUAGGGUGCAGGUUCUAAAACGCGGAUUAUAGACGUAAGAGUUUGUAUAAAGUGCAUUGACUACACUUUCUCUUUUUUUAAUAGAAGGGGUCUGAAAUGGCGGGAAAUAAUCAAACUUUUUUAGCAAGCUAUAUAGUCAGCUACUCCCCGCUACAUUUUGGCAAGCGCAAAAACGUAAUAAUUGUUUCAUUCUUGCGGUAAACGAUGGAAAUGUUUGCAUGCAUUUAACAAAAAGCAUUUGCUU